CCGGAAACAAAACAAGUCUGUCAUGUGAUUUCUGCAUGAUUUCUGCUUGUGCCUCCUGUCUAGUAUGUAUAUUAGCGGUUAGGUGUUAAGCCAAUUCAAUAAGGAGUCAGAGAAGUUGCCGAGUGGUCUGGAUAACACGAUAAAACAUUGGCUACCAUGGCUGAUGAUUUGAAGAGAUACUUGUACAAACAGCUUCAGAGUGUUGAAGGUCUUCAUGCUAUUGUAGUGACAGACAGGGAUGGUGUCCCAGUUAUUAAAGUUGCUAAUGACAACGCCCCAGUCCACGCACUGAGACCUGGCUUCUUGUCCACUUUCGCUCUGGCCACAGAUCAGGGCAGCAAGCUGGGCCUCUCUAAGAACAAGAGCAUCAUCUGCUACUACAACACCUACCAGAUUGUACAGUUCAAUCGGUUACCACUGGUCAUCAGUUUCAUUGCCAGCAGCAAUGCCAACACAGGUCUCAUCAUGAGUCUGGAGAAGGAGUUGACUUCACUAAUAGAGGAGCUGAGGCAGGUGGUGGAGGUUACAUAAGCACUGAAGGACAGGACAACCCUGAGCAGGAUCCACAGCAGAAUCAUCAGUCUGGAUCACAUUCUGCUCACUGAAUCUCUCUGUCUCUACUGGUGCAUUCAGCCCUGUGGGAAAACCUGUCUGGAGGUUUUUACAGCUCCAAGUCAUGGAAGUGUUAACAUCUUCAGACCUGUUUACUUUGUGAUUAGAAUUUUCCUGUACACUUUUUUUUCUGUCAACUUUGCUUUCUGACAUUUUUUGUAGAAGUUAGGUGCUCCUCAUCAGCAUUUUCACAGCUAAGACAGAGUUUAUAUGUCAAAUCAAAUGUCAAGAAGUCUGAAUAAAUGUAAAUUUCUCCAUA